AUGCUAUCAAUCACUGAAACUAUUCCCAUUGCGACUCAGCUUUUGCUGAAGGGCGCGGAGAAAAGCCAUUCCUAUUCGACCUGGAAGCCAUUGAUCCAUCCUCGCGCCGAUGAGACCUGCCGUGAAAAUGACGAAUAUUUCUUGCAACUAUGGCCAUUUCCCUCCGAAAAGUCGAGAGAGACCUUUGUCAACGCUGGCUUUGGUCGGGUCACUUGCCUAUACUUCCCGCUGGCUCGGGAUGACCGUAUUAUCUUCGCGUGCAAGCUUUUAACAAUCCUAUUCUUAAUCGAUGAUAUCUUGGAAGAUAUGUCUUUGGAAGAAGGAGAGGCAUACAAUGCUCGACUGAUGCCCCUGAUGCGAGGAGAUCAGCAACCCAAUCGUAAGGAAUUACUCUCUGGGUAUCCACGGAUGCCUGCCCAGAUCACAGCAGUACUGAAACUUACUUCAAUGUCUGAAAUAGGCGAUAUUCCCGUCGACUUCAUGAUGUAUGAUUUAUGGGAGGAAAUGCGUGCUGCGAACCCGGUCUUGGCGGAUGGAAUUCUUGAGCCCACUUUUACUUUUAUGCGCGCGCAGACAGACAAGGCACGGCUUUCGAUCAAAGAGCUCGGUCACUAUCUUGUUUAUCGAGAGAGAGAUGUGGGAAAGGCUCUCCUUUCAGCGCUCAUGAGAUUUACGAUGGAUCUUGAACUAACGCCCGAAGAACAAACGUCCAUGGUACCCCUCGAGCGGAAUUGUUCAAAGCAGAUAUCAGUGGUGAAUGAUAUCUGGAGCUGGGAAAAAGAAGUCCGCGCAUCCCAGUCUGGCCACGAGGAAGGAUCGGUGUUAUGCUCUGGUGUCAAAGUUCUGGCCGAAGCAACAAACUUGGAUAUUGCGGCGACAAAGCGACUUCUCCAGGCCAUGGUUGAAGAAUGGAAUAAAGUUCAUGAUCGACUCACGGCAGAACACAUUGCGAUGGGAUGUCGAUCAGUCGUCAAGCUCUAUAUGAAGGGCUUGGAGUAUCAGAUGAGUGGCAAUCAGCUGUGGAGUCAGACAACUCUGCGCUAUGUUGACAAGGAGGUGAGUGCAAGUGCAUAG